AUGCGUUUCAGGUCAUUUCAAGCUGGUCUCAAAUGGAGGAGGCGACCCAGGAAAGCGGCCAGCUCCCACGGUAAUCCCUCUCAAUCCAUCCCGCAAUCCACUGCGCAGUCGAUAGAGGAUGUGGAGGAUGCGCUGGGCAAGCUGCCGCAGCUCCGUCACGGCAGCAGGGCGACAUUCAUCGGCAAUCUUCUCCAGCGAUGCACAGCUCCCGAGCAUCUGGCCAUCGGCCGCGCGGUCCACCAGCAGAUCGCUCGAUCGGGAGACGCCCGCGACAGAUUCGUCCAGAAUCUCCUCAUCCAGAUGUAUGGGAAGUGUGGCGCUGUCCAAGAAGCCAGGAAGAUCUUCGACGCCAUAGCUGACAAGAACGUCUUCUCCUGGAACAUCAUGAUCGGGGCAUACGUAAACAAUGGCUUGGACGAUCACGCUCUGGAUCUGUAUAAGCGAAUGGCGCCGGCUCUUCCAAGCGCCGUCACCUUUGUCUCGGUGCUCGAGGCGUGCUCCAGCUUGGUGGACGUGAAUUCUCUCCAUGGCCGGAUCAAAGAGCUCGGGCUGGAAACCAAUCCAGUCGUCGCCACCGCGCUCAUCAACGCGUUUAGCGCUGCUGGAAGCUUGCUCUCGGCGGAAGAAGCCUUCCACUGCGUGGAUUGCAAGGACGCUGUGUGCUGGACGUCGAUGAUCACCGCAUUUGCCAGGAAUGGAGACGGCAUUGGAGCUCUCAAGACGUUCUCGCGGAUGAACUUGGAAGGUAUCUUUCCCGACGAGAUUUGCAUUGUGAGUGUCAUAACCGCGUGCUCGCUUCUCAGGUCCUUGCUGCUCGCGCACCGGCUCUACAAGAGCGUCGUCCGAGCGAUGGAUUGUCUCUACCACGUAGAAGUCGGUGCCGCGCUCGUCAACAUGUUUGCAAAGUGUGGAAGCCUGGCCGAUGCGUGGAAGGUUUUCGAUCGGAGCUACAAGGACGACGUUGUGCUGUGGAACACGAUGAUCUCCGUCUACGCCGACUAUGGUGAGAACCACAAGGCUCUCACGCUCUACCGGGAAGGAAUGCGCAAGGAGUUUGAUAUGGCUCCCGAUGCCGUGACUUUCGUGGUGCUGCUGGAGGUUUGCACGAACUUGAAGGAUCUCAAGCAGGGGACUCUCGUCCACAAGGACGCCGUUGGCGAGGGGCUUGACAGGGAUCCAGUGGUGGCCAACGCGGUGGUAAACAUGUAUGGGAAGUGUGGAGAGCUCCAGCACGCCAGGAAAGUUUUCGAUCUCCGGAGUGACAAACAGAGGGUGGUGUCGUGGAACGGGAUGAUGGCGCUCUACUUGCAGCACGGACAGGGUGAAAAGGCUCUCGAGCUCUACAAGACGAUGAGCGUGGAGGCCGACGAGCUGACUUACGUGACGUUGCUGGCCGCGUGUGGCAGCGUUGGCGACGUUGAAGAAGGCCGCAGAGCUCACGCGAAGAUCACUGCCAGUGGAUUCGAGGCUGUUCCGGUGGUCGCGAAUUCGCUGCUCAGCAUGUAUAGCAAGUUUGGGCGGUGUGACGAAGCGAAGGUGGUGUUUGAGAAGAUCCAGCGGAAGGAAACAGGGGCUUUCAACUCGAUGAUCUCGGCACUCACAGAACACGGGAAGUUUGAGGAGGCUCUCGGCUUGUUCCCGCUCAUGGACAUAGAUGGUGUGAGGCCGAACGACGUGACUUUCAUCAACGUGUUCUUGGCUUGCACCCAUGCCGGACUGGUUGACAAGGCCUGGGAGCUGUUCCUGUGCAUGGUCGAGGAAUGUGGGAUCGAGCCUUCAGAGAAGCACUGCGGUUGCGUUGUGGAUCUGCUAGGACGAGCCGGGAAGCUAGAGGAGGCCGAGAAGUUUAUCGCGAACAUGGAAGCUCGGCCGGGGGCUGUGAUCUGGAUGACACUCUUGGGUGCGUGCAAGCUCCACGGAGAUAUCGAUCGAGGGAGAUUUGCGGCAGAGAAGGCUAUCGAGAUCGAUCCUGCUGACUCCGGGCCUUACGUUGCAUUAGCGAGCAUCUUCAUGGCAGCCGGUAUGAAAGACGAGGCUGAUAAGUUGAGAAAGCGGCUUAGCGAGCAGCAGAGAAGGCUUAAGCAGUCUCAGAUACGAGAACAAGGCGUGGAAUUCACCAGAGAAGAAGGACAAGCUUGAGGAUUUACAAAGACCAACAGCUUUUUCUCCAGAUUCAACGAAUGAUCGGGGCUAGCGGACAAUCGAGCCAACGAGAAAAAGGCAGAACAAGUUGGGAGGUUCAGCUCUCCGUGAUGGACUGGUACGAAUCAACUCGAGAUGUAAGUUUACAAUCAAUCAAAGAGAGGCAUUUUCUUUCUCUUUCC